AGGGAGGAAUUUUCUGGUACUGGGUUCCACAGGGAAAGGACAUGCUAAUUAAUGCCCCCGGCUUUGCCUCAGUCUCUUUCUCGUAGGUAUCUCACACACUCACCUUUAACUUUGAUUGGUUUCAUCUCCUAUUCAGGGUGUCUUAACAAGUAUGCAGAAUAGGAUGUGUGAUUGGAGGGGAGGCACCAUGCCAGACCAAAAAUAGCUUCCUCUGAAACAGGUGCAAAGGUGCUUGAGGUUCCGCUGUUAUAAUUCCCUCUCUUCAGAGACUGCAUGCUGCCGUUUACAUCCCAGCUCCACCAAUUUGAACUGUGUACAACCUCGAGUUGGCCUGCCGCUCCUCCUGCUAUGAUGCCUGGGCAGAUCCCGGACCCUUCGGUGACUGCAGGCUCCCUGCCAGGGCUUGGCCCCCUGACUGGACUCCCCAGCUCAGCCCUGACUGCAGAGGAGCUGAAAUACGCUGACAUCCGCAACCUCGGGGCCAUGAUCGCACCCUUGCACUUCCUGGAGAUGAAACUGGGCAAGAGGCCCCAGCCCGUGAAAAGUGAGCUAGAUGAGGAAGAGGAGCGAAGGAAAAGGCGCCGGGAGAAGAACAAAGUCGCAGCAGCACGAUGCCGGAACAAGAAGAAGGAGCGCACGGAGUUCCUGCAGCGGGAAUCGGAGCGGCUGGAACUCAUGAACGCAGAGCUGAAGACUCAGAUCGAGGAGCUGAAGCAGGAGCGGCAGCAGCUCAUCCUGAUGCUGAACCGGCACCGCCCCACCUGCAUCGUCCGGACCGACAGCGUCAAGACUCCCGAGUCAGAAGGCAACCCGCUGCUCGAGCAGCUCGAGAAGAAGUGACCAUGGGCUGGGAGGAGGUGGAGGAGGAGGAAGAGGAGGAGGAGGAAAAGUGACGAAGAGCGAGGAGGAGGGGGCGCCCAGAGAGCCCUUCCUUUGGUGCAUGAAAAACUGUGCAAUGAGAUUCGGCACAGCCAACAUCAGCCGAGCUUUUUUGUGAAACUCAGAUCAGCCACCCAGGGGGAAAAGCGGGCUGAGGAAACUCACUGAGACCAAAGUUGACCCUAGGGUAGGGUGGUCCUGCCUGGGGCCCCACUUGAAGGUGGCAGGACAGAGGCACCGAGGCCAGGGAGAUGCCCAACAAGGCAACCCUGGGCCCUUCUUCAGCCUCUUCACCAGGGCACCCACCCGAGGAACCUCCCAACAGCCAGGAAAAGCCAUGAGUUGCCACCAAAAUGCGGCUGAGGAUGGAACUCCGAAUGAAACUGCAACCCACAUGCCCCCGGCCCUGCCCCUCACCCUGAUGCGAAGCUGGAGAGGGGCAUGCUGCGGGGCCCUGAUGCCCCCACCCACCUCGGUCCAGCGCGGCCCUGCCCAGGAGGCGGCAGCCGGGCGCACCCUCGCCAGCCCUGCUGGAGUUUGCUGUGGGCACUGAGGCGCGGGCGCCCUUCCAAAGCACAUACUCACCGAAUGUUUACAGACUGGCUGUCCUGGCAGGGCUUUCAACUGCACAUGUUUUUUAUACUUUCCUUUUUUUUUUUUUUUUUUUUUUUUAAAUAUUUUUUACAAGAAAAGAUUUUAUACAAGCAAUAUAUAUAUGGAUUUCUAUAAUCACUCGAUGUGAUACAGUAUAAAUAUGCUAUGGUUUGUUUGUUAUGAACAGAUAGCCACCAGUUACGGCCGUUGUGUGUAACUCCUAAGUACUGUAGUCUCUGGGUGUCGGGGGUGGCCGGGGCGGGGGCGGGGUGCAUUUCCAUCCUUGUAAACCCUUCAUAGUACUCAGUCCUGUAUCGCUCAGUAAACAUUGCUCUUACAUACA